UCUGCUGCAUCUUUUGUAGGAAAUGCAGGAGGACCAGGUGCGUGCUGCAAGGUGGCUGGGUCCUGUCCUUAGGACCUGAAGCAGGUCUGGCUGCGAGCACGUGUGUCCACACUGCAAGGGACGCCUCUAACAGCAGUGCUCCACGAACGCAGAGCUGUGGAUCCCAAGGUGACCUGUGCCCAGACCCAUGUCUACAGAGGAGCCACAUCCACAGACUCGUCCCAGAACGUGCGGCGGACGUGAAACAUGGAGGCAGUCUGCAUGCGGGUCACAGAUGAGCAUUCGGACCGAUUUCUGAUCACCCCGAGACCCUGACAUGACAGAGCAGCCAGGGUAGGUAUGGUUGGUCAUGGAGAAUAGCCAGGAAACUCGUCCCAAAGGGGAUGGGGAUUUUGUUUCCAAUAAGAUAAAUUUUAAAAUAGUGGAGGAGGACGAUGAUCAAAUCCCUAGCCACAGUUUGGAAAGAGUGGACUUCCAAAGUGAGCGGGAGGACAUGAGGCCCGCUGACAGUGGGGACGAGCAGGCGGACGUUGGGGCUGCGGGCUGCGCCUGGCGGCCCCCCAGGAAGUGCCUGCCCGUGGAGAGUGAGGACGAGGACCUGUUCUCCCAGUACAGCAGCACCCUGUACAGCGUGGCCAUGGAGGCGGUGACACAGAGCCUGCUCUCCAGCCGGCACCUGAGCUCCCGGAAGAAGUCUCCAGCCUGGAAGCACUUCUUCAUCUCCCCGCGAGACAGCACCAAGGCGAUCUGCAGGUACUGCAUGAAGGAGUUCAGCAGGGGCAAGAACGAGAAGGACCUGAGCACCAGCUGUCUGAUGCGGCAUGUGCGGCGCGCACACCCCACCAAGCUGGCACCCGAGAGCGGGAGCCUGCCCGGGGGGUCCUUCUCUGCCCCCUCCCUGCCGCUCCCUCCAGAGCCCACGGACACGGGCGACCUGGGUGCCACGCUGUCACCUGUCAGUCUCGUCCCAGACAUGGCACCUAAGAUCCCAUCCCCUGACCGGAUAAAGGAGGAGUCUGUGUCUGCAUUGCCCUCAGAAGGAGUUGCGGGUAAGUUCGGCAGAGAGGAGGCCCUGGUGGGGUCCUCCCCACGCCUGCCUCCACUGCACUAUGACGAGGCUGCCUCUGAGAGCGUGGCCGAGAGGAGCCUCCCCCUUCCCAGGAGCACGGCUGGCUCCAGGCGGAGGUCGGCCGUGUGGAAGCACUUCUACCUGUCACCCCUCGACAGCUCCAAGGCCGUGUGUGUGCACUGCAUGAACGAGUUCAGCAGGGGCAAGAACGGCAAGGACCUGGGCACGAGCUGCCUCAUCAGGCACAUGUGGCGGGCGCACCGGGCCGUCGUGCUGCAGGAGAACGGGGGUGGCCCAGGCAUCCCACCCCUGUACCCCACGCCCCCCACACUGCUGCCCGCCCUGUUGCCCCCUGAGGGCGACCCCAGCUCCGUGCCGUCCUCCCCAGGCCAGCCCAUGGGCGAGUGCCCAUCUGCUGCCUCAUCCCCAGACCAGCUGGCUGAGGACCUGCCGCUGCACGCCCAUUCUGGGGAUGCGCUUCAGGAAGACUCUGAUGACGUUGCUGCGGCCUCAGCAGUGUCCUCCCCCGAGAAGCCUCACACUGGCGGGCUGAGUCCCAGGAGGUUUGCAUCAGGGGCUGUCUUCCAGCAGAGUAAGAAGGCGAUGAGGAGACUGAAGUCAGAGGUCUGGCACCACUUCUCGCUGGCCCCCACGGACAGCCUCAAGGCCGUGUGUCGCUACUGCAGCUGUGCCAUCAGCCGGGGCCGCAAGGGGGACGUGGGCACCAGCUGUCUGAUGCGGCAUCUCUACCGGCGCCACCCUGAGGUGGUUGGUGUGCAGAAGGACCUGCUGGGUGCCAGUCUGGCCAACUCUCCAUAUGCCACUCUGGCUUCUGCCGAGAGCACCUCCUCCACCCUGAGUGUCCUGCCAGCCACGGCCAGAAAGAGUCACCAGGUCCUGCUCCCUGUGCACAGCAAGAAGACUUCGAAGCUGUGGAACCACUUCUCCAUCUGCUCUGCAGACUCCACCAAAGUGGUGUGUCUGCACUGUGGCCGCACCAUCAGCCGGGGCAAGAAGCCCACCAACCUGGGCACCAGCUGCCUCCUGCGACACCUGCAGCGCUUCCACGGCCACGUGCUCAAGGCCGACGCCCCAGAGCCCACGCUGCCUCACUCUGCGUCUGGGUGCCGGCCGCCGAGCUCCGAGCUGUCAGGUGCUUCCUCCUUCAGUGACCCCAGUGAGAAGCUUUAUGACUCUCACCCAGUUGCCAAAAAAAUCACAAGUCUCAUAGCUGAAAUGAUUGCACUUGACCUCCAGCCAUAUUCUUUUGUAGACAAUGUUGGCUUCAACAGGCUGCUUGAAUACUUGAAACCUCAGUAUACCCUCCCUUCCCCCUCCUACUUCUCCAGGACGGCUAUCCCAGGGAUGUACGACAAUGUGAAGCGGAUCAUUAUGUCCCGGCUGAAGGAAGCAGAGAGUGGGGUGGUCCACUUCACCUCCGGCCUCUGGAUGAGCAACCAGACCCGCGAGUACCUGACCCUCACGGCACACUGGGUCACCUUCGCGUCCUCCAUGCGCCCACACAGCAAGGACCACCACUGCUCGGCCCUCCUGGCCGUGUCACAGGUGGACUGCGACUGCAGUGGCAGUGGCAUCCAGAAGCAGCUGGAGUGCUGGUGGGAGGCCUGGGUGGCCUCGCUCGGCCUCCAGGUGGGCAUCACGGUCACAGACAACCCUAGUGUCGGGAGGACGCUGGGCGAGGCGGGGCGCUCGAGCGUGCAGUGCUUCAGCCACACGGUGAGCCUGGUGGUGAGCGAGGCCAUCAAGAGCCAGCGGAUGGUGCAGAACCUGCUGAGCCUGGCGCGGAAGCUAUGCGAGCGCGUGCAGCGCUCUCCCCGGGCCCGCGAGAAGCUGGCGGAGCUGCAGCGGGAGUACGCGCUGCCACCACACCCGCUCCUCCAGGACGUCCCAUCCCGGUGGAGCACGUCCUUCCACAUGCUCGAGCGGCUGUUGGAGCAGAGGCGGGCCAUCAGUGAGCUGUCUGUUGAGUGCAGCUUUCGGGAGCUCAUCAGCUGUGACCAGUGGGAGGUCAUGCAGUCCGUGUGCCACGCGCUGAGGCCCUUCGACGCUGCUAGCCGGGAGAUGAACACCCCUGUGUCCACGCUGAGCCAGGUCAUCCCCAUGAUCCACAUCCUCAGCAGGAAGGUGGAGAUGCUGUUCGGGGAGACCAUGGGCAUCGACACCAUGCUGAAGUCGCUGAAGGAAGCCAUGGCCAGCCGCCUGUCUGCGACCCUCCACGACCCCAGGUACGUCUUUGCCACACUGCUGGACCCUCGCUACAAGGCCUCCCUGUUCACAGAGGAGGAGGCGGAGCAGUACAGGCAGGACUUAAUCAGGGAGCUAGAAAUACUGAAUUCUACCUCAGAGGACACAGCCGCCUCCCACGGCUGUGACUCAGGGUCCCUGCCAGGAGCCUCAGGCGGGGAGGACCUGUGGUCGCUGGUGGCCGAGGUGAAGAGGAGAGGUGGCAGGGAGAAGCCACCUAAGGACGUGGUGCUCACCUACCUGGAGGAGGAGGUGCUGGAGCACAGCUGCGACCCCCUUGCCUACUGGAACCUGAAGCGCUCAGCCUGGCCUGCGCUGUCCACGCUGGCCGUCCGGUUCCUGGGCUGCCCCCCAAGCACGGUGACCUCCGAGAAGCUGUUUAGCACCCACACAGAGAAUGGCAGCUUUGGCCAGCCCAGGCUCAUGAUGGAGCAUUUUGAAAAGCUCAUCUUUUUGAAAGUGAACCUGCCCUUGAUUUACUUUCAGUAUUGAGCCCACCUUAGAGCUGGAGCCAAGGACUAAAGGUGCUUGCUCCUCAAAGUGCGCUGUUGUACCAGGGCUGUCACCCGCACGGCGGGGCCAUGUGGGACACCGGGCUGGCCCCUGCGCCACCCACCUGCUCUCGUGUCUCGUCCGCAUGUGCCUUACUCCUCCUGCAGCCAGGUGUCGCGGGGCAUUUUUACAAGGCCACUGGCAACAGCCUCUCUUCAGCGAUGAAAUAGGAUGAUCAGGUGUUAAUUCAUAACUGUAAAGUUUUUUAAGAGUUAGGAGUUUUACUAGAAUGGAAAAACAAAAACAAUUUUGUUUUACUAGAAUGGAAAAACAUAAACAAUUUUAUUUUGCAGGUUUUUUUAUUCAAUUGUGUAAAAACCACAAAUCAGGUACUGUAUUUUAGUUAAACAUUUGCUUUAAUGCAACAGAACAGCUUUCGCAGCUGUCCAAGGAAGGGUGUGAAUGGGGGGAGUCCAAGCCAUCUGACCAAGCAGCUCUCAGCUGCAGGCUGUGGGUGUCAAGCAGAGAGAAUGUUCUGGGAGCUGACUCCACUCUGGCAGGGACAAGGCAUCUGAAAUGAAGUUGCGUGAGGUGUCACAGAGUGGCAGUCCUCUGGUCACCAGAACGUUCCGUUCCUUUCCAUUCCGGGUUUUGUAUUCAGGUUUUCAUAUAGUCAGUAAACUCAGAGGUACCCCCACUCUGUAUCAUGAGCUCCUUGAAAUUGGAUCCAAGUUUGUAGAUCUGUGCUUAUGACUUAGCCAGUGCACAGAGUGAGACGUUGGCAGCAGACAGCCGGUUGAUCCGAUCUCCGUGGGGCUCGCUCAGCGCCACACUCUGAAGCCAUCCCUGUCCCGUGGGCACUGACCCCCAGUCUGAGCAGUAGCGGCCAAGAUCCCUUUUAAAGGAGAUGGCUUCUUAACACAGGGAAGGUGCUGGCCGUGCUGCAGCUGUGAAAGUAGCCUUAGGCAUUUAGGUUGUUAUGAUAGAGAAGAUCCGCCAUCACUCGGUGUCUAGGAUCCCAGUGACAUCAAAAUGAAAUAUCAGUUGUCAUAUUCUUUUAUAAAUCAAUAUGGCCUCACAGUUUUUGUGUUAAUGUCUGAAAAAUCAUUUUAUCAUUUCAAAUCAAUUUAAUACUGAUCUUUUAGAAAAGUCAUUUUGUUGAAAUGUUGUACCUAUACUUAAUCUAAAUUUGUGUGGACUAUGCUUUAGUGUAUUUAUAAAUGGUGAACUCAGUUUCUGAAAUUAAAUUUUUUAUUUACAAUUUUCUAGUGCUGGUGGACACUGGCUUUUUAUUUGGGGGGAGAGGAAAAUGAAUAUCCUCUUUGGAAAC